UAUAUAUAAAUCUGUGUGUAUAAAUCCAAUCAACAAAUGCCAACAAAUUGAUCUCACUAAACCUUGAUUUUUUUCAUCUUGUUUCUCCUAAUAUUUCCAAUGGGUGCUAUAUCAGAUCCCUAUGGAGCCCAUCUCCAUGAUAUCAUCCCCAUCGACUUUAACACAAUCCAGACAUUGCCUGAAUCGCAUGUAUGGCAUGAUCACUCCGAUGAGUCUUCAUCUAGGGUACCCUCCGCUGACCCGUUAUUUGUACCUGUCAUCGACCUCAUGGACCCGGAGGCUCCAAGUCUCAUGAUCCGGGCAUGUGAGGAAUGGGGUAUCUUUCAGGUGAUAGGUCAUGGCCUUACAAAACUCAUGGACGAUGUGGAGUCUGAAGCUGAAAAAUUGUUUGGUCUUCCUGUUGACCAAAAACUGAAAGCCCUACGAUCUCCAGGUGGGGCUACUGGGUAUGGUCGUCCUCAUAUAUCGCCAUUUUUUGACAAACAUAUGUGGCAGGAAGGGUUUACUAUCAUGGGGUCUCCAGUCGAUCAUGCUAAGCAACUUUGGCCCCAAGACUAUCAAGGCUUUUGUGACACAAUGGACGAUUAUCAGAACCAAAUGAAGGCAUUAGCACAGAAACUAAUCCACAUUUUCUUCAAAUCUUUGGACAUUAAUUUUGAAGAAUUUGAUUGGCUUAAUGACAGUGGGUUAAGUAGUCCGAGCACUGCUUUGCAACUAAACUCCUACCCGCCCUGCCCUGAUCCUACUCGAGCCCUGGGCAUGGCAACACACACAGACACAUCCCUGGUCACCAUUGUCCAACAAUCCAAAACCAGCGGCCUCCAAGUCUUCAAAGACGGAGCCGGGUGGGUUCUGGUACAACCCAUACCCGGUGCCCUAACUGUUAACCUUGGUGACUAUCUCCACAUUCUCUCCAAUGGGAUGUUUACAAGUGUCCGUCAUCGUGUUGUGGUGAACCAGCAGAUCCAGCGAUUUUCCAUGGCCUACUUUUAUUCUCCCCCAAGGGAUUUUACAGUCUCCCCGGUUCUCUCUAGGGUUCUGGAAAAAGUGCCUAAGUACCGUUCACUCACAGUGAAGGAAUAUGUCGAUAUCAAGGGGAAGCAUCUUGAAAAGGCAUUUUCUUUGAUUCAAAAUUAGUGCAGCUGAUUAAUCUUUAUAUGUUAGAACAAAUUUGAGGGAGAUUAUUAAUUUAUUGUUAGUUUUUCCUCUUCUCUCUAGCAUGCACAGAUUGCUUAUUUCCUGUAGUUCUUUUAGGAAUCCGAUU